AUGUCUUCGAAAGUGUGGCUCAUAACUGGCACGAGCUCCGGAAUAGGCCUUGCCCUUGCUCAGCAUGUCCUUGCCCAGGGGGACAAGGUUAUCGCCACUGUCAGGUCCAUGUCCAAAUACCCCCAGGAACUGAAGGGUGCGGAACCCCUCGUCCUCGAUCUCGGCGCCCCCGACUCUGAGAUCCGCAAGGUUGGCGAGGCGGCAUUGAAGGUAUAUGGUCAUGUCGACGUUUUGGUCAACAACGCUGGCUAUGGCCUCUCUGGGCCAGUAGAGGAAUUGAAUAUGAAAGACGUACGAGCGCAGUUCCAGACGAAUGUGUUCGGCACGAUUGUCCUGACGCAGUCCCUGCUGCCCUAUUUCCGAGCACGGAAGACAGGCCACAUUUUCAAUCUGACCUCCGUCGCGGCUUAUUGGAACUACCCGGGCUGGGGAGCGUAUGUCGCGUCCAAGGCUGCGCUCGACGCGUUCUCCGAGUCACUCAGUCGGGAGGUCGAGCCGUAUAACAUUCGCGUCAUCGUCAUCCUCCCUGGAUAUUUUCCUACCAAAUUCUUCACUGAGACACGGUCGGCCGAGCAGUUGACCACGGUGUACACGGACCCGACGCAAGGAUACAAGACGCGCGAAAUGAUCCCGCAGGGGCGCCAUGAAGGUGGACAGGUCGGCGACGUGGACAAGUUCGCCCAACGGACGUACGAAAUCGUGUACGGCACGGGAAUGGCGAAGGGGUUGGUGGAGAGCCAGGGUGGAAAACGGGAGUGGAUGCGUCUGCCGAUGGGCACUGAUUGUGGCGAGCUGAUGCUUGCUAAGAUCAACAUUGUGAAGGAGAAUGUUGAGUCGUUCGAGCCGAUAUGGAGGUCGACGGAUGUGGAGCGGGAGAGACUGAAUGAUUUCGCCCAAGGAUGA